AUGCAAAUUGGUGACAAGGAAGGAGAAGCCGCAGUCUACGGAAGCCUAGGAAAUGUGUUAAAAUCACUCGGUGAAUAUCAGAAGGCGAAAGAAUAUUACGAGAAAGCACUUGCCAUCCAAAUGCAAAUUGGUGACAAGGAAGGAGAAGCAACAACCUACGUAAACCUAGGAAAUGUGUUACUAUCACUCAGUGAAUAUCAGAAGGCGAAAGAAUAUGACGAGAAAGCACUUGCCAUCCAAAUGCAAAUUGGUGACAAGGGAGGAGAAGCAAAAACCUACGGAAACCUAGGAAAUGUGUUACGAUCACUCGGUGAAUAUCAGAAGGCUAAAGAAUAUUACGAGAAAGCACUUGCCAUCCAAAUGCAAAUUGGUGACAAGGGAGGAGAAGCAAAAACCUACGGAAACCUAGGAAAUGUGUUAGCAUCACUCGGUGAAUAUCAGAAGGCUAAAGAAUAUUACGAGAAAGCACUUGCCAUCCAAAUGCAGAUUGGUGACAAGGAAGGAGAAGCAGCAGCCUACGGAAACCUAGGAAGUGUGUUAGCAUCACUCGAUGAAUAUCAGAAGGCUAAAGAAUAUUACAAGAAAGCACUUGCCAUCCAAAUGCAGAUUGGUGACAAGGAAGGAGAAGCAGCAGCCUACGGAAACCUAGGAAGUGUGUUAGCAUCACUCGAUGAAUAUCAGAAGAAGGCUAAAGAAUAUUACGAGAAAGCACUCGCACUUAUGAUCAAAACUGGCGAGAGGUCGGGACAAGUAACAUGUUACUUGGUUCUAGGAAUGGUUUCUUGCGCACUCAAAAAGUAUACGAAUGGCGAGAAAGCACUUUCUAUUGCCACAGAAAUUGGUCACCGAGAAGGUCAAGCAGAAGCCUUUGGUCUCCUCGGCGAUGUGUGCAUUUGGCGUAAUUAUCCUCAGAAGGCCAUGGAAUGUUACAAGAAACAACUUGCUAUCAGCGGUGAAAUUGGCCAUAGAGCUAAAUUUGCACAAAGCUACCUAAACCUAGCACGUGUGUCUCUAAUUAUUGGCGAAUAUGAAAGAGCCGACGAAUACCUUGAGAGAGGCCGCGCGAUAAACUGUGAUAUUGGACAAAUAGAGGUGGAGUUACAAAUCCUACUCCUUUUUUCAUGGUUGAGGUUCUCGCAAUCAAAACGCGAGGAAGCAUCUUCGUAUCUUUAUCAGUACAUGGAUAAAUUUGAAACACUGCGAAAUUUUCAGCAUGGAAACGAACAAUGUCAACUGGGUAUUUUAGAAAGCUACGGAAUUAUUCCCUACCAGACGCUCAGUAAACUGCUAUGUGCUGCUGGUAAUCCUGGACAUGCACUUUAUGUCGAGGAGCUUCGACGGGCUAGAUGCCUAGCAGACUUGGUGGCACGAAACUUUUUCGUUGAAAAUCAGAUCUGA